AUAAUGUUUAAGAAAUAAUGAUAAUAGUAGUAGUAGCAAUUCUAAUACACAGCUCAGUUACCUGGGGGCUUGUAUGAUACUUCCACAUGUGUGUUUUUAAUUAAUGACCGCCAAAACAUCUAUAGAAUCCAAAUACAUGUACAUCAGACCACAUCUUAAUACAGACUUUCAUCUUUAUCAUUCAAAUUCAUUAACUAGCCGAGUACCUUCAAAUCGAAUAGUUAAAGCACCCAACUAUCGAAACUAUUCUACUGUGAAAAAUCCGUAUAAUUAUAAUAACACUAAAUUAGAAUUACCAGAAGACAUGUCAUAUGUGAAUUCUAUUGUAUUGCCUUCUCAUCAGCAUAAUCAUUUCAGUCAACAAGUUUUCAAAUCGAAUCUACCGCCUAUAAUUACAAACAAAAGUGUAAGUAUGUUCAGUAAUGCGCCUAUUAAUACAGUAAUGAACGAUAGUACUACUGCAGUCAGGGAUAAUAUUAAAGUUAAUACACCUAAUAAGGAUAAUGAUGACAGUGCUGAGAAUAUUUCUAAAAACCACGAAACAAUUUUAUGCCUAAAACGUCUUUUCACCUUUUUAUUAUCACAUGUUGGAUUAGCUAUUCUAGUUGUUGUAUAUACAGUGAUUGGUGGUUCAAUGUUCUAUGCUGUUGAACGUGAUCAUGAAUCACAAAUUAAAAUUAAAAUGUUUGAAACUCGUAAAAAAUUAGUCGAGGAAUUGAUGUUUGAAUGGAGAAAUACACAGAUAGAAUUAUUGGAUACAUUAAUUAAUCAUGUAAAUAUAAUUCAUCAAUUUGAACAAACAAAUUUAGGCAGAAAAUUUAAAAAUCAAACAAAUUUAUAUGAUUCCAUUGAACGUUUAGCUAUAAUAAAUAGUGAAUUUUAUAAGGAGAGUAAUAAACGAUUAUUGUUUAGUGAUUUAAAAGAUGAACAGAAACAACACUUAGCUGGUUUAUCAUGGUAUUUAUCAAGUUUAGGUUGGUCGAAAAGAAUUCUACCCCAAUGGUGGUUUCAUCGAAAUUAUACACAGUUUACGCCAUUACAAAAUCUUAAUAAUAAUACAGCUACUAUCGAUAUUAUAAAUGAAUUACACGGUGUAAUGACGAACAACUCGAUGAAUCAAUCGUUACAGGGUAAAGAUGUCACACCGACUGACAGUGUUACUAAUCGUAACGAUUAUGCACUACAUAAUUCAUAUAUGUUGAAAGCACAGGUAUUACCGACAGCAACAGCAACAACAACACCGACGACGGUAACGACAACUGCUCCCAGAAUAACCUCUCCUGAUAGUGAUGAAAUGAACACAAAAUUUGUAAACAAUAAUAAAACAAACUAUAGCUUACAUUUAAAUUAUUUUUCAACAGAGUUAAUUAACUCUUUACCAAAACAUUUGAUACUACUUGCAAAAUUAGAUGAUAUCCUACCUAAAAUUAUCAACCAAAGUAGUAUGCUAGAAAAUGCUUUACAGAAAAAAUUAACAGAAUAUGUUGAACAGAUUGUUAUUGCUAUAAAAGAUGAAGGAUGGAAUGGAUCAGAGCAUAUAGAUGAUUUCAACUGGACAUUUGAAGGUAGUAUAUUAUUUGCUGUUACUAUUAUUACUACUAUAGGCUAUGGACAUGUGACACCGCAUACACCAUUAGGUAAAUUUCUUACCAUGAUGUAUGCCUUAUUUGGCAUACCAUUAUUCUUUUGUUAUCUGUCAAACAGUGGAAAUUACAUGGCAUCAUUAUUUCAAGUCUUCUACAUACGUAUAUGUCAACCAGCAUUUGUACAAUUUAAAAAAUGCCUUAAAAGGUGUUGCAACAGAAAGGUUAAACAAGAAUCAAAAUUAUCAAAAAAUAUUAAUAAUAAUAAUGAAAUUCUUGUCUGUCAGAAUAGUUCACCCUCAUCAUUAUCAUAUGCGCCAAGAUAUAAAAGGUAUAAACGAGCCCUGCCUAACACUACUUAUUCUUCAUCGAAAAAUAAUAGUAGUAGUAGUAGUAUGAGUAUCUCUCCAACAAUUAACAAGCAUUUACCUAAUCAAUAUCUCAAUAAUGGUAUACCUAAUCGUAAUCUAAGCGAGAAUUUAAACUACGACAAUAUGAAUCGACAAAAUAUCCCGUGGACUUAUAAACUCUCACAGACUGUAUCAUACAGACCUGAGGAUUUAUUAGAUCAUGUGAUAUCUACACCGUCUUAUGCAAAUGCUCAAAACUAUCCAUCUCAAAUGUUUGACUUUAAUAACAAUCCAUACACAAUCAAUCCAUAUACAAAACAUCAUACACCAUUAGAAACUUAUGAAUUGUCAAGUUAUCAUUCCACUGCAUCUCAUUCAAUGCAUGAACAGUCAUCAAGUGAAUUAAACCAUCAUCCUCCUAACAACAACAACAACAUCAACUCAACCUGCGAAUUACCAACAUUAAUGACGUCGACAAAAACAACAAGUCAACAAUUUAAACAAAAUAAAAAUAAUUUAGAAUUACCUAAUUCAUCAAUGAAUGAAUCAGUUAAGUCAUCAAAUGAGCCAGUAACAACAGUCCCGUUAACUUUAACUAUUCUAAUGAUGACGGUAUAUAUUUUAUUAGGUGCAACUGUAUUUUGUUUAUGGGAGUCGACGGAUUAUUUGAAAUGGUCAUAUUUUUGUUUUGUAACAUUGUCAACGAUUGGAUUUGGGGAUAUUGUCCCAGGCACAAAAAUUGAUUCACAGAAUCCAAAAGAGAAAAUGAUCGCUUUAGCCUUGUAUGUAGCCCUUGGUUUAUCAUUAUUUGCAAUGUGUUUCAAUCUGAUGGAAGAAGAGGUGACAGCUAAACUGAAAAGAAUCGGACGUCGUAUCGGUGUUACUCAAUCGACAAAGAAGAAAUCAAAAGCCUAAUAUUACUUGGCCUACUACUUUCACACACACACACACAUACAAACUAACUCACUUCAUCACCAUUCUUAUCAUAAACACGUAAAUCUCAUCAUCUUUGUCAUUAUUACUCUUGUUAUGCAAUGAGGAUUUCGCAAAGCAUAGUGAGUUUUCUGUUUGUCUUCGAAUUGUAAGUUCAGAGAGUUAUGAGUGCAAAUAUGUACAACACACAUACAAAUAAAGUCAUAAUCAUUUAUGUGACAUACAUGUCAAAACAAGCUAUGCUUUAGUUAAUUCAUGUGAUAAUUUUUUAUACAUAUAUAUAUGUAGUAGAAAAAAUACUUUUGUGAGAAAAACCAAUUAAAUAUUAUUAUCAGGGUGUAAAAUUAACCUGUGUUCUAACUUUGUUUUUCCCUUUUAUUU